AUGGAAACGAACACGAGUUUUCGUCCGGAGAUUGAAACACCAGAGACAGUAUUACAACAUUAUCAUGUCGAUGACAUUAUUGGAUUAUCUCGAAACGACGUUCUCAAACGACGUCUUGUCUAUGGACUCAAUGAAUUAACAAAAGAAGAGAAAACACCAUUAUGGAGACUUGUGUUAGCUCAAUUUGACGAUGCUCUUGUGAAGAUUCUACUUGGUGCUGCUAUUGUAUCCUUUGCACUUGCUAUUAUUGAAGGAAGUGGUGGUGAUGAGAAUAAUGAUGGAGGCAUUGGGGCUUAUGUGGAACCACUGGUUAUUCUGAUUAUUCUCAUAUUAAAUGCAAUUGUUGGUGUCUGGCAAGAAUCAAAUGCUGAAGCUGCUUUAGAAGCAUUAAAAGAUUUACAAUCAGAGAAUGCACGUGUAUUGCGUGACGGAGAAAUGAUGACUGUCCCUGCUUGUGAACUUGUACCUGGUGAUAUUGUGGAAAUACGUGUAGGUGAUAAAAUACCAGCCGAUAUACGUCUUUUAUCGAUGAAAACAACUGCUAUUCGUGUCGAACAAGCUCAAAUGACGGGUGAAUCGACGUCUGUGAAUAAAGGAAUUGAUGCGUUAUCAAAAGAAACGGAAAAUAUUAUUCAAGCAAAGACCAACAUGUUAUUUGCCGCCACAGUGGUUGUAAAUGGUCUUGGACGUGGUAUUGUGACGCAAAUAGGUAUGGACACAGAGAUUGGAAAGAUUCAACAAUCGGUACAGGAAGCAUCGAAGGAAGAGGAAGGAACACCAUUAUCGAAGAAAUUGGAUGAAUUUGGAGAACUCUUGUCGAAAGUGAUUGCAAUUAUUUGUAUUGUUGUAUGGGUGAUCAAUUAUAAAAACUUCUUUGAUCCCAUUUAUGGAUCAGUGUUUAAAGGUUGUAUCUACUACUUUAAGAUUGCUGUGGCACUGGCGGUUGCUGCUAUCCCUGAGGGUCUUCCUGCUGUCAUUACUACUUGUCUUGCACUCGGAACGCGUAAAAUGGCCAAGAAGAAUGCAAUUGUACGAAAGUUACCGUCCGUUGAGACACUUGGUUGUACGACGGUUAUUUGCUCGGACAAGACGGGUACGCUCACUACGAACGAGAUGUCCUGUGUCACGUUCUCGCACAUUGGUAAAGCAGAGACGGAAUUGGUGACGUACGACGUCGAAGGACACACGUACGCUCCAAUUGGUAAGAUCGAGGGUGCUCCGUUGGGCCAAUUUAAGGCUGUGUCGUCGCUAGCGACUGUAUGUUCGCUAUGUAAUGAAUCGGCUAUUGAGUAUCAUGAUGGCAAAUAUGUGCGUGUCGGUGAGCCCACUGAAGCUGCUCUAAAGGUUCUUGUAGAGAAGAUUGGUUUUCCUCAUGAUGCUAUAAAGCAGGCGGAGAUGCAGUCGUUGCGUGCUGCUAACCCCGAGAAAGCUGCUCAGUUUUGUAAUGAGUACCUGGAACAGCAGAACAAAAAGCUGGCUAUACUCGAGUUUUCGCGCGACCGCAAGUCAAUGUCGGUUUUGUGUGAAAAGUCUAGUGCAGCGACGCAGCGUGCUACCCGCUCGACGACCUCGAAUCACAAUAUUUUGCUUGUAAAGGGUGCCCCCGAGGGUCUCAUUGACCGAUGCACACAUGUUGAGCUUGGAGACGGAAGUGUCAAGCCUUUGACGGACGCUGGCCGCCAGGUGCUGCUGACCCAGGUGUCGUCCCUUGCUCGCAAGUCUCUUCGUUGUCUUGCGCUGGCAAAAAAGAAGACCUUGGUGAACUUGGCGCAUACGACGGCGACCGUCACCAUCCAGCGCACAAGUUGCUUGAGAAGACUGAAAACUUUGCCGCGAUUGAGUCUGGUCUGA